AUGGAGAGCAGGUCUUACGCAAACGUAGAGAGAGAGAUUUGCCGCGACAAUGAACAGGUCCAUUGCUUCCUCUACCCUCCUCCUCUAGGUAAACCCAUUCAAUGCUGGAUUCCUCAGGAGUUCACACGCGGCUGGGAAGAGUACGCUGAGAACUACUGUUGGGUGGCAAACACCUACUUCGCGAUGGUAGAUAAGAAACUGCCACCAGAUGUGGAACGUCCGAGGCUCCAGCUAGUUUACUAUCAGUGGGCGCCCAUCGAGCUGGCCGUGCAGGCGCUCCUCUUCUGCCUACCCUGUCUCAUCUGGCGCCUGGGUGUGCUGCACUCUGGCUUCAACCUGCACCGGGUCCUCCAGCUGGCUGCCGACGCC